GCUCCACCCUCACUUUGUGCCAGCAGGUAGGAGCCGCGAGCCGGGAGCCGCGGCCGCCUCGCAGCCCUCCCGCGCCCGGCGCUCGCCCACGGGCGCUGCUGCGGCAGGAAGGCGGCUCCGCGCCCGCCGCGGGAUCCGGCCGCCCCCGGCCAUGGUCGAGCAGCCCCGCGGGGCCCGCCGCGGCCGCGCUGCCCGUGCCUCGGCUGCCGCCCUGCGCCGCGCAUAGAGCCGGUGCCCGCACGGGCUGCGCGGCGAGGGAGCCCCGGGUACUCCGCGGGAGUGCUCCCGACAGGGGGCCGGCUUCUUUCCCGAGGCUGCGGGUUGCAUGCGGACACUUCACUUGCAGCCAUGCCUGCCCCGGGAGCUUUCUGUCUGCGGUAAUUUUCUCCCUUUGAUCUCGCUGGAUUCUCCGUCGGGCUGUGGAGCGCCACUCGCACCUACCUGCCUGCUGCAUGUGCGUGAGGCGGCUUGUCUUCCGUGACUUCUUUUUCGAACGUUCCUUACUUUUAAGGACAGAUUGCGUUUCUAAAAAGGAGCAAGAAGACCCGAACCAAACGUCGUCAGACGCACAUGGUUUCCUUAAGCUACUGGAAGUAACUUUUUCUGGGAUUUGUAGAAGCAUUUCCAUCUGUCCCAGCCCCUGCGGGUUGCAGCAGGCGUGCUGCCUAACAGGUUUGCAGAUUUUUUUUUUUUUAAUCACUUCUUCUCUUCACAGCGGAGUGAUCACCCUAACUUUUUAGUUGCACACAACCCCUGUGUAAACUCUCCUAGUUAUGAAGACUCCUCGACACGUUUCAUGUGACUUUGGGAAAGACCAUGGAAUUUUAUGUUGUUGUUUUGUUUUUUAAUUUGUGGGGCCUUUAGUUGGGAUCUUCUUGGAAGUGAUCAUACCAGAACCCAUAGUGUGAAGGAAACAAGAUAUGCGGUAACUUUUUGCUUGAUACCUGCUUUGCUUCGUGUCUAAACUUUUAGCAUGUUUUGGGGCCUUCUUAAAAUCUCCUGGGAACUUGAAACUAUGAAGAGAAGCUUCGUACUUCAAUAAUUAUCCUUGGGAAUUGCACCGAAAGUCAGACCAAGCCUGGAUUGUUAGGAGAAAACUAGAACUGAUAUGUAAGCCUGAAUGAAGCAUUUCUGGCACAGGAAGGAUGGAAGGGAUUGAUUUGAUUUGGAAGGGAACAAUAUAGUAACAAACUUUUGUUUUUACCAAAUAUGCAAGAAAUACCUCCUGCAUAAUUUUUAAGAAGGAUACCAGUAACUGUAGACAACAUCCAACUUUAAGAGCAUGAGCAUAUAUUGUGGAAGAGAUGCCUUGCUGGCAAGAAGAUGUGUCUAUCAAGCAUAUGUGAGAUGGAUGUUUUGAACCUGGCAAUCUUCCUUAGUCUUGGGAAGGAGACACCAGGACGUUGCGUCCAUGGAGGAACCUCCCUGUGUGUGCCUCCUCUCUGCAGACCUGACGAGUUCUUAAUGCUGCGGGAGAUUCCUCUGUGUCUGAACUGAACCUGUCCUUGCGACCUGCUCAUUCUCUUUCACUGAUCUUUCUGGAUCUGUCUUCUAGAGGAGGGACUCAUAACUUCAGUGGUUGUUUUUUGUUUUUUUUUUGUUUUUUUUUUUUCCUGGUUUAAAGUAUGCUUUUCAGCUCCGAGCAGCCUCUGAGCACGUGGCACCAAGGAAGGGAAGCGAUGAUGGCGAGAAGCAGGAGGGCCACACAGUGAGCAGUGCUAGCAGUGGCCGGUACCUGAGCCCCUCUCUCCCCAUUUUCUCGUGCCCCAGGAGCCAGCACUGCACGCCCUGCACCCGCUGUUGGAAGCUGCUGGCAGGGCGAGGACGCGUUCGGAGCGGUAUGUGUGGCCGGAGCGAGCUGCUGCAGCUGGUAGCAUGAGUGGUGGCCCCCAGCUGCAGCUGGCUGUCCUCUGGCCUUGGCUGCUCAUGGCUACCCUGCAGGUAGGACUUGGCCAUACAGGGCUGGCGCUGGCAGCGGCAGUCGAGUCUGAGAGGUCAGCGGCACAGAAGGCGAUCAUUAGGGUGAUCCCCCUGAAAGUGGAGCCGAUCAUACUGGAGGGAGAGUUCGCAAACGUCGCUGAGGUUACUCCAGCUGAAGGAAAACUGCUUCAGUCCCACCCGCUGUCCCUGUGCAACACCAGUGAGGAUGAGCACACGGAGUCGGGAUUCAUCACCAUUGUCAAGCUUGAGCAGCCAGAUCGGGAUCCCAACCCAUGCCUGUCGCUGGCUAACAAGGCAAAGCUGGCAGGGGAACGUGGAGCCCGUGCUAUCCUUUUUGACAUUACUGAUGAUGAAAGCGCUGCUGAUCAGCUGAGAAAGCCCAGAGGGCUGAGUCAGCCUGUGGUUCUGAUCAGGGGCCAUGAUGCCGAGCUGCUCAUGGGUGUCGUGAACAAGAACAGAGAGGCCCAUGUGAAGAUAGAGGUCAAGGAGCCACCAGCUUGGCCAGACUACGAUGUAUGGAUUCUUCUCACGGUGGUCAGCACUGUUGUUGUCAUCAUUUUGAUUUUUGUUGUCCGCACAAAGUGUCAGCUGAACAGGACUCAGGACUCCUUGCAGCAGCAGACCAUGCAGGCCAUCGGGCAGCUGGCCACACGCAACUACCAGGCCAGGUGCCGGCAGGCGUCACGGUGGGACUCCACCAGCAGCUGCAGCUCAGCCCCAGUCUGUGCUAUUUGCCUGGAGGAGUUCAGCGAGGGCCAGGAACUGCGGAUCAUCUCGUGCUCCCAUGAGUUUCACCGGGAGUGUGUUGACCCCUGGCUGCAGCAACACCACACGUGUCCGCUUUGCAUGUUCAAUAUUCUUGCCCGAGACUCGGUUGACCAGGCCCCAGUGGCAGGCUCCAGGUUGGCCCCUCGGGACAUGGAGCCUGGACGGCGACUGCACCUUUUCCGCCAGCAUCCAGGACAUGCCCUUUACCACCUCCCACAUGCCUACCCUCAGAGAAACCUCAGGAGCUUCCCCCCAGAGCCAGCCCAUGGCAACCCUUUCUUCCACUCUCCGGAGCUCUCCCAGCUGGAUUUCAGCACCAUCCACUACAUGCCCUACAGGCCAGCCAGCUCUCUGCCUGCUUGCAGCCACCCAUCCCCCCUGGUCCCUGGCUUGCAGGGCCAGCAGCAUCCCAGCCCCACAGCAUGUGGGCAGCCUCUGACACCCCAUAGGAUGUGCCCCCUGCAGCCCCAGCCCCCCUGCCUGGGACUCAAGGCAGCCCUGGCACAGCGGCAGCACCGGGCACCUGCCCUGCGCCGAGGGGCUGGCCAUGGACACCAGCACAACAGCAGCGGCUCCGGGGAGAGCUAUCUCACGGAGCACAGUGGGUACCUGGCAGACGGGCCGGGCAGUGACUCCAGCUCGGGGCCCUGCCACGGUUCCUCCAGCGACUCCAUGUUGAACUGCACAGACGUCAGUCUGCAGGGCAUCCAUGGCAGCUGCUCCACGUUCCGCAGCUCCCUCAGCAGUGACUAUGACCCAUUUGUGUACUGCAGCUCAGAGGGGCCUGCCACAGACAACGGGCAGGAGCGGCAGCGGCCACCAAGGGAGACGCGGCCCAGGUCCUUGGACCUGGUGGUGCCUGGGGGUGCUGCUCCAUCCAAGGCCCAGGUGCUCAGCCAUGUCCACUACCACCACCACCAGCACCACCACUACAGAAGGGACGCAGAGUGCCCUCCUGGGCGGGCCGGCCAAGGGCCUGGGCAGCGCAAGUCCCGGUACUCUGGGACCAAGGUUGGCUUCCACGGUGCUCGGAUUCAAAAGAGAGCUGAGAAGAGCCAUCACUGUCAGCAGCCUGUGGAAAGCAGCACGGUGUUACAGGAGGCACCUCCAGCAGGACAGACAGCCUGUUCCCAGCAAGGCCGGGAGCCCCCACAUGUCCCCUCUGCUUCUCUAAACAGGUUGGACUUCAGUGUAGAUGCCACCAGACAAUCAGGAGCAGCAGGCACAUCCCCUGUCCUGCUGCUGCAGAGACACAGCUUACAGAGUCGUCACCACAGAAGGAAAAGGAAAUGUCCCCUGGAACCCGACCCCUCUCUCCUGCCUGAGGACUCAGCCUUGCCCAAAGCCUGUGACACUCACAUUCCUCAUGGCCACCCCACUGGCCACCGCUGCUCCCCUGAAGUCCAGCCCCUGAUCCCAAGCGCUUCCUUGCCCUGCAGCUUGGGUGCUCGGCCACUUUGGAAGUGUUUAGUGCCACAGUCCAGCUCAGAGCUGAAAAAGCAGGAAGAGGGGAUGUCAGGACGGGAGGGAAACCACACAGUUCCUGCUGGUUUCUCAGGGAUGGGCACAGCAAAGCACAAUCUGAGUCUUCGCCUGCACUGCCCAUCGCAGCAGUGUAGUCAGGGAUCUGAAGAGGAGGUCCAGGAUGUCCAUGAACACUCAGUUUAAUAAGACACUGGCUAAUUUGCUUACGGGAGAGCUGAAGUGAACAAAGAUGUUCAGCAUACCAGCCGUAGUGGAGCUCACAUCUUGGUCUCUGCACAGGAAGCAUAAUAACCAGCCCUGACCUGCAAGGCCCACACUGUGAUGCAGACUGCACAUAAGCAAUGUGAUGCUUGUGGUCUCCUCAUGUUUUCCACGUUGCAAUGGUCACACAAAUGCAGAGUUGUGUUCUUCAGGUCUUCUCCUUAGAAGGCACAAGCAGCCUGUCUUCAUCCAGCAGCAUCUGUCUGCAUGGGCUAGCUUGCUCAGAGACCGGUUCUGGGAGUCACCAGCUGGAGAGCUCGCGGAGUGAGUGCAAGCUGCUAUUUUGGCAUGUUGAUGCCACAGAAGGUUUUGCUAAACACUUCAAAAAUAAACAAGUCUUCAAGACCAAAAGCUGCAGAAAUUACUUUCUGUGGCCCCUUAGCUCUUGACUUCAUUUGCUCUCUUAGGUCAAAGCCAGACUUCUUCAUUUAACUUUUCCACUUUUAUCUCAGACAGCAACAAGCUGUUCUCCACCUCAGCACUCAGGUCUGCCCUGCAAGGUGCUUCUUCUGACUUCAUUGGAAACCAAUAUCUCUCACCACUUUUGAUGACUUUGUUGUCCCUCAGCCAUCUGCUGCAUUUUGCCAGCAGUGGUAGAGGUGAAGAUGCAGGGACAAUGGCCAUUUCUGAGAAAGAGCUGGGUCAUGUUUUCUCCAUUGCAAAGAAUCCACCCUGUCAUUGGGUAAUGUGAACAAGUCUCUCAUUCAACCUGUAACUUCUUCAUCUAUCCUCAAAAUAGGUGUGGUAGCCAGCCCUGUUAAGAGCUUACAUUUUUGAGCAUACUUCAAACUUGAGAUGCCCCCAUCACAGAAGUCAUGGAAAGUCCCUGAGUUCACAUGACUCGACUCCUGCUUCUCUCCUUCCUCUCUCAUUUCCCCAAGACACAGCAAAAAUUCCCAGCAAAAGCAUCUGUAAGAAAUGCAGAGCAGAGCCCCAUCUAUCACCCAGCGUUAUCUUUGUAUUUCUGUGAGAUGCUUGAAAUGAUCUUGCAAAGGAGUUUUUCAAAAUACCCUUUUGCCUUUUCUAGCAUUUUGAUGAUGGAGAAAAUCUGAGAAAUUUCUAGGCUCUGGACUUACUCCCUUCUUACCCCAUUUGUGGUAUGGUUUUGGAAUAUUCCCAAUUCUUGUUUCCUAUGCCUCAUAAUUUGGAGACAUACAAGUAAAAUAAAGUCUGGCAAAUUCAAAAGAUAAACAGUUUUCCUGCAGCAGGGAAUGAGACAGUGGAGUUCAUUGCCUUAAAGGAUCAUUCAGGCCAAAGAAUUAGCCAGAUUCCCAUGUGGAGUGCACGUUUGUAGGGCACCAAGACUAUCUCAAGUUUUCAGAGUUAACAAAACAUUGGCAAGGGAGCUGAAGGUAACUUCUGAAACCUGCUAUAGGGACAAACAUUCCCCCCAUCUGCUCUGUGAUAAGUUUUCUGUAUCUUCCUGUGAAGCAGCAGCCUCUUCCCCAGGCCAGGAGUGCAAUGGUUAGGCAGUCCCAGUUCAGACUAAUCAUGCCUCUGCCUUCCUUCAUUUCUAAUUAAGGUUUCUAUGGGGCUUGCUGCCCUUAAUCUUUGAAAAAGGCAUCUUUGUCCCAGCUGGCAGUCACUAACAUGAUGUUAUUAAAAGUCAACCAAUAACACUGUUUUAAACAUAACUUUAUUCCUUUGCUGGUGUUCAUUUUCUUGUCUCCUGUGACCAACCCACUGCAGGACCUCUGAGUCUAGAGAAAAGCUGAAUUUCUCACAUUAAAAAAAAAACAAAACAAAACAAAAAACAAACAGCAGAAUUAUACUCUAACCCUUUCAGUCUCUUCUUGUUUUCUCCCUUGCAGGAAAGUCUGUCUUAAACUAGAGGGAAAAUAAUAAUAAUAAUGAUAAAGCCAGGAGAGGGUCUAGAUUCACCCAGUUCAACUUUAUGUGUAUGUGGCACAUGGCUCCUCUCAACCAGCUCCCUACAUCCUUGGCCAUCUAGAGGGCUCAAGGUGACUUUAAAGAGGGGGGUGUCUUGAAGUCAGGGUGCUCACACUGGUUUCUUUAGGAGUCAGGAAGGCUGAGAGCCUCCAGGGAUGCAUUUCACUGCCUCAAAGGAAUGAGUGUCUAGUUGGCAGUCUAAAAGUACUUUUUCUCUUUUCUUCUUUAUCCUCAAAAAAGGAGAACUCUUGAGUCUGCAGCAAGUCCCAAGAUUACUGGAGAAAGUGGUCAGUACUAGCAAACCCUUUCCACUCCCUACUGCAGUAUUACUGGGCUGUGCAGGGCAACGCCCACUUGAAAGUGUUUUCAUUUUCUGAUUUUUAUUCUGCUGCUACUUUUCAUCCAGAAAACAGACAUCUCAGAUGGUAGGCCCUCUCCAUGGGGCUUCCUGUGAGAGUGUGCAGGUCUAUCUAGGUGGGUUCUCAGGUGGGAAGAGAGGGAGGAAUUCUACAGGAAGGUGUUUUUUGAAUCCUCUUCUGUAAAUGGACUACAAUCCUUGGCUGCCUACAAGAGAAGAAGUAUCAUCUAAGAAAAUGGGAAAUGGUUCCUCUCAGUUCCUGCACAUCUCACGUCUUAAGUGAUACUUUUGAGUGGUCAGUACCCUUAGGCUCCAUCACUAAAUGUCUUCAGUAUCACUGCAAUGAAACAGUUCAUUUUCCUUCAUUGAGUCCAAAGACCCAGCUGAAAACUGAUGGAAGCCAGAGCAUCCUGAACUCACUCUAUCCACAACCAAGCCAUUGGUCCUUCCUCGGGGAUGCCUUUCUUCCCAGGACCUUCAACCCCACCGAGUUAGGUUGCUGUGGGCAGAGUGCCUAGGCUGGCUGGACCUCCUCCAUUUCUGCACAGAGCCUCUGUUCCUUCCUUCUCUAAAGUUCAGAUCCUUUUGAAAUGUGAAUAUAAGUUUUGUUUUUCCGAGUCUGUCCUAGCUCUUAGGGCUUGAGAAUAAAUUAUGACCCAAAACGGAAUAGGUUUUAUAUAUAUGCAGAACUGUGUAUUUAUGUCUGAUAGAAACAAAGAUGUGUGAAUAUGCUGAUGUGCUCAGAAAUAUAUUUAUUUACUAAUAUAUUUAUCCACGUA